AUCAUGUCUGGUAGAGGCAAAGGCGGCAAAGGUCUUGGCAAAGGAGGCGCCAAGCGUCACCGCAAAGUCUUACGGGACAACAUCCAAGGUAUCACCAAGCCAGCAAUUCGUCGCCUGGCUCGUCGUGGUGGCGUCAAACGUAUCUCCGGCUUGAUCUACGAAGAGACCCGUGGGGUGUUGAAGGUGUUCUUGGAGAAUGUCAUCCGUGACGCUGUCACUUACACCGAACACGCCAAGAGGAAGACGGUGACUGCAAUGGAUGUUGUUUAUGCCCUCAAGAGACAAGGACGUACUCUGUACGGCUUUGGAGGCUAAAUUAUUCCCCCUCUCCUAUUACCCAAAGGGCCCUUUUAAGGGCCAAAUACUUGCAUCAUCAAGAGCAAAUAUCCGUAAAUCGUAACUAACUUUGGCAGAAGAGAAAGUAGUGUACUUUACACUUACCCUUUUAAUGAUACAUCCAUCCAAUUCCUACCGCUUGUCCCUCUACGUUAUCUCAAAUAAUUUAAGUAUAAUGACGAUCAAUAUCUUGAAUUGAGAGUUAGUAUUA